UCGGCUGCGCCCCCCGCGCCGCGCACGGACCCCCCGGGCAGCUGCCACACUGGAAAUAUGGGGUCGGAAAACCCGAGCCCGCAGAACCCUGGCUGUAAGAUCAUGACCUUCCGGCCCAGCCUGGAGGAAUUCCGGGAUUUUGGGAAGUACAUCGCCUACAUGGAAUCCCAAGGAGCUCACCGGGCAGGGCUGGCCAAGGUGAUUCCUCCCAAGGAAUGGAAGCCCCGGAGAACCUACGACGACAUCGACGACAUGGUGAUCCCAGCUCCCAUCCAGCAGGUGGUCACUGGGCAGUCAGGGUUGUUCACCCAGUACAACAUCCAGAAGAAGCCCAUGACCGUGGGGGAAUAUCGGCGCCUGGCCAACAGCGAGAAGUACUGCACUCCUCGACACCAGGAUUUCGAGGACUUGGAGCGCAAGUACUGGAAGAAUCUCACCUUUGUCUCUCCAAUUUAUGGGGCUGACAUCAGUGGCUCCCUGUAUGAUGCAGACGUGGAUGAAUGGAACAUUGGCAACCUGAACACCCUCCUGGACAUGGUGGAACACGAGUGUGGCAUUAUCAUAGAGGGUGUCAACACUCCCUACCUCUACUUUGGGAUGUGGAAGACAACUUUUGCUUGGCACACAGAGGACAUGGAUCUCUACAGCAUCAACUACUUGCAUUUUGGGGAGCCAAAAUCCUGGUAUGCCAUCCCUCCGGAACACGGCAAGAGGCUGGAACGCCUGGCAAAAGGAUUUUUCCCAGGGAGCUCUCAGGGAUGUGAUGCUUUCCUCCGUCACAAGAUGACCCUCAUUUCUCCCUCCAUCCUGAAGAAAUACGGGAUUCCCUUCGACCGGAUCACCCAGGAAGCUGGAGAGUUCAUGAUCACAUUCCCUUAUGGAUACCACGCCGGCUUCAACCACGGCUUCAACUGUGCCGAGUCCACCAACUUUGCCACUUUGAGAUGGAUUGACUAUGGAAAAAUGGCAACCCAAUGCACGUGCCGCAAGGACAUGGUGAAGAUCUCCAUGGAUGUGUUUGUGAGGGUCCUGCAGCCAGAACGAUAUGAUUUAUGGAAACAAGGCAAAGACAUUGCUGUCCUGGACCACAUGAAACCCACAGCUCUGACCAGCCCAGAACUGGAUGCCUGGAAUGAGACAAAGGCAGAGCUGAAGGCAAAAUUGCUCCGCAGGAUAGGAGAUGAGGAAGAGGACAACAAACACCGGUCUCACAGAAAAAGGAGUCAGCACAGGAGACACAAAACAGAGGAUCAGAAGUCUCUGGGGGAUGUCAUGGCCAUUGAAAGUGCCCUGGAAGACGUGAAAGUAAAAGAGGAGCUGAAAAGAGGGACAGACCUGGAGGAAGAGGAGAGAAGCAAAGGGAUUGAGGGAGAAGGGGAGUGCAAAGUAAAGGCCCGUCCUCCCAAAGUGAAAGGCGAGAGGAAGAAGAAGCACCUUUUCCAUCAACACCAGCACCACCUCCAAGCCCCUCAGCCCCCCGUGCAGCCCCCAGUGCCACCCCCAGCCCCGCAGCAGCAGCAGCUGGCAGAGGGCGAGGCGGUGGCAGCGCGGCCACCGGUGCCACCGGUGCCCCCGGCGCCGGCCACGGCGGAGAAGAACCUGCCCCCGGGUCCCCUGAACAUCGUCCAGCCCUCGGAGGCGCCGGUGGAGGAGGAGGAUUUCAAACCCAGGCCCAUCAUCCCCAUGCUCUACGUGGUGCCCAGGACCAAGAAGGUGGUGUUCGACAAGGAGCGCAUGUCCUGCCAGCAGGCCUUCGAGCAGUUCGCCACCCAGAAGAGCCUGGGCUGGAGGGAGCAGGCGGUGCCCCUGGAGAUCCCUGGGAAGGAGGAGGAGAAUGCAGAGCCAGCAACCCCAGAGGUCACUGCAGAGACUGCUUCUGCUUUCUCCAAAAUGAAGAUGGAGAUCAAAAAGAGUCGUCGUCACCCCCUGGGCAAACCCCCGACCCGCUCCCCGCUGUCCGUGGUCAAACAGGAGACCUCAAGUGAUGAGGAAACGUUUCCAUUUUCUGGAGAGGAAGAUAUGAGCGAUCCAGAGGCUUUGAAAUCUUUACUUUCCUUCCAGUGGAAGAAUAAAGCACUUAAUUUCCCAGCUGAAAGAAAAUUCAAUGCAGCUGCUGCCCUGAGUGAGCCAUACUGUGCUGUCUGCACCCUCUUCUACCCCUACAACCAGUCCUUACAGGUGGAUAAGGAAGCUGUGCCGGUCUCCGGAGGGGAACCGUCCUCUUUCAUCCACCUUUCCAAGUGUGGACAGAAGACCAAGCCCCUGAUCCCAGAGAUGUGCUUUACCUCAAGUGGGGAAAACACAGAGCCCCUUCCUUCAAAUUCCUACAUUGGAGAGGAUGGAACCAGUCCCUUGAUAUCCUGUGCCAAAUGCUGCCUGCAGGUCCAUGCUAGCUGUUAUGGAAUUCGUCCAGACCUGGUGAACGAGAGCUGGUCUUGCUCGCGGUGCUCAGCCAACGCGUGGGCAGCGGAAUGUUGCCUGUGCAAUCUCAGGGGAGGAGCUCUUCAGAUGACCACUGAUGGGCGGUGGGUCCAUGUAAUCUGUGCUAUUGCUGUCCCCGAGGCCCGUUUCCUCAAUGUAAUAGAGCGUCAUCCUGUGGAUAUCAGCGCUAUUCCAGAGCAGAGGUGGAAACUGAAAUGUGUCUACUGUCGGAAGAGGAUGAAGAAGGUGUCGGGUGCCUGCAUCCAGUGCUCCUACGAGCACUGCUCCACCUCCUUCCACGUCACGUGCGCGCACGCGGCCGGAGUGCCCAUGGAGCCGGACGACUGGCCCUACGUGGUGUCCAUCACCUGCUUCAAACACAAAGCAGCAAACCAGAAUAUCCCAUUCCGAAGGGAGGUGGCCCUGGGGCAGACUGUGAUCACAAAGAACAGGAAUGGGCUCUACUACCGGUGCAGAGUGAUCGGCACAACCACGCAGACCUUCUACGAGGUCAACUUUGACGACGGUUCCUACAGCGACAACGUUUACCCCGAAAGCAUCAUUAGCAGGGACUGCAUCCAAAUGGGACCCCCUCUGGAGGGGGAGCUGGUUCAGCUGCAGUGGACGGAUGGGAUCAUCUAUAAAGCCAAGUUUAUUGCAGCCCAGAUCAGUCAGAUUUACCAGGUCGAGUUUGAAGAUGGUUCUCAGCUAAUGGUGAAGCGUGGAGAUAUUUAUACCUUGGAGGAAGAGCUUCCCAAGAGAGUGAAGUCUCGCCUGUCCCUCAGCACUGGGGCCCCUCAGGAAGAUGUAUUUUCGGGAGACGAAGUGAGACCGGCCAAGCGUCCCCGGCUGGGGAAUUCCCGAAAUCCUGAAGAAUAUGGACAGAACCCAGAUUACUUGGCCUUUAUGGAGAGCCUGUUGCAGACACAGUACCAGCCUGGGACUCAGAGCAACAUGUUUUAACCAGGAUUAAUUAAAAAAAAAAAAAAAAAUCUUAAAUUAACCCUUUUUUGAGAUCGUGGAAAAAAAAAAAAAAUAAAUGGGAAACUGUGGAAUGGAAGACCAGCCCUGUGCAAUAGUUUGCUGUGAAUUUCUUUCAUCUCCUCUUGGUUUGGACUGCAGGAAAACCCUGUCUGGCUCCACGCUACCUCGACCUUGCCAGGUGUUGCUGACCAAGAGAGUGGGGAGCUUGGAAAAAAAAAAACAAACCUUCAGACAGCAUUUCCCACGGAGACUUUGGAAGAGUUUCUACAGAUGGAGUUUUGUGACUGGUUCUUUUUUUUUUUUUUUUUUUUUUAAUGAGGCUUGGAAAGGGUUAAAAUUUCACACACACACACACACACAAAAAAAAAAGACUUUUUCAAACCUGUCAAACUUUUGUCUUUCAAGGUGCUAUUACAUUGACUACUGAAGCAGCCUUUGGAAUCGUGUUUUCUGUACAUAGACGUCACCUUUGUGAAGUUUUCUAUGAAUGAGCAUUAUUAAAAAAAA